AUGACUGAUGCUUCAAAAACCAAUGAAUCUUCAAACACGAAUAACAAAUAUGAAGAGAUAAUCUCAAACCUUCCCCAAGAUAAUGGCUGGAAACCAUUUGGAAAACUUUACAACUAUCAAGGCUUUUGGUACGCUCCAUCGUUGCUCCAAAAUGUAAUUUCAGCUCAGCAGUCCUUCACUCCCCAACCAAAAGAUUUUAUCCUGUGCAGCUCUCCGAAAAGUGGCACAGCUUGGCUUAAGGCAUUGACCUUUUCCAUUGUGUCACGAAAUCAGGUCGAUGAUUCCACAAACCCUUUGCUCAAAAAACUGCCCCAUGAAAUUGUACCUUUUAUGGAGAUUGAGCUUGCCCAAAACUCAAGUAACAGAAACCUAGAUAUUCCAUUUGUGGCAACCCAUAUUCCUUACACUUCUAUGCCAAAAUCCAUAAUAGACUCAGAUUGUAAGAUUAUCUACAUAAGCAGGGAUCCCAAGGAUGUCCUUAUUUCUCAUUGGAUUUUUGAUAUUAAAGUGAGUGGCAUCGGCUUGGAAUCCUUCCCUCUGGAAGAAGCAUUAGAGCAAUACUGCAAAGGGGUCUAUCCUUUUGGACCCUACUGGGACCAUGUUCUAGGAUUCUGGAAAGCAAGCUUGGAAUUCCCGGAGAAGGUACUGUUUGUGAAGUAUGAAGAUUUGAAGACUGAUGGGCCAUUCCACGUAACGAGAAUGGCCAAAUUCAUGGGUCACCCUUUUUCGGUAGAGGAAAAGCAGCAAGGAGUUCCAGAAAAAAUCGUGAAUAUGUGUAGUUUUGAGAAUCUGAGCAGUUUGGAGGUGAAUAAGAACGGAAAAUAUAACCUUCCUGACCUCCCUACUGUUGAAAACAAAUCUUUUUUCAGGAAAGGUAAAGCAGGUGACUGGAAAAAUCAUUUGACAAAUGAGAAGGCAGAAAAACUCGACCAAAUUAUGAAAGAGAAGUUCAGUGGUUCCGGCUUGGUUUGA